AGAGCAGUGACAGGAUGUGAUGACGCAGUGAUACAUAACAGGAAGGACAGGCCACAUAAAGAGAAAACGCAGCAGAAUUUUCAGUCUUUAUAACAACAAUUCCCAGCAUCCCCUGCGUGAGGGAAACUGUAGUUCGGCGUUUGGACAGGUGAUGGAGACCCUCAGUGAGUUAAGGUUAUCUGAGGACGACCCCUGUCUAAUUGGCACUAAGAAUCCCGCAUCCAUCACAGAGGAGUGCUGCGAGUUCUCAGUGGCAGUUGCAGGUAGUCCUGGUGUUGGUAAAACCGUUUUGAUCCAGGCUCUCCUGGGCCUGACUGAAAGCCACCCGCACUCCAAUGCGGCCUCCCUGCACCCAACAAGACCCGGAGGGCCCUUACUGUACAUUCACCCAUCUCAUCCUGGUUUGAGCCUCUGGGAGUUGCCCCUGGAAGAUGGAUCUCCUGAAAAGUGGAUUUCGGAGGCCGACCUCCUGCUGCUGGUCACUAAUGGGCAGUUUUCAGCUGUCCAUAUAGAUUUAGCCCACAGUGCUCUCUCCCAAGGGAAAAAGCUAUGUCUGGUGCGCAGCCAGGUGGAUUGUGAUUUGCACACCCUGAAGAGGAGGAUGAAGGAGAUGUUUAUUCGGGAGGAAGCUCUGCAGUCAUUGUGCUCAGUCACCCUCCAGCCUUUUAGUGACCUGAUACAAGAAGGGGAGAUCCGGCUGUUUCUGGUGUCCGGCUAUGAGCCAUGGAAACUGGAUACUGCAGGAUUAAAGGCAGUAAUAGAGGAGACCGCCAGAAUGUGCGGGAGGCCACUCUCACUGCUCCAGCAGGGGUACGAGGUGAUCGGAGACAAGGAGAUUUCAGAACUGCAGUCUGCUCUAGAAAGAGGAGGAAUCCCAGAGAUGGUCAGAUUUAUCCAGAACAGUCUGGACACUCUGCUUGACACCCGCAUUGACUUUGCUUUUGAAGGAGGUGAAUGUAGCGUCCGUCACUCUCUCCUUAAUGCACUGAGAGGAGUUGGAGAUGAGGAAGAUGGUUCAGCUCAUGAGAAAGAUCCAGAAGGCCCAAUUGAGUAUCCAAGUCUCAAAUACCCAAAGGCAAGUCUAUGGGACCUACCAGGCCUGGAGAAACAUGAAUUUCAGGUUAAAGAUUACUUAGAACAUGUAAAUAUCAACCACUAUGACUUUAUAUUUCUGCUAGUGACUAAUGGAACAGAGGCCACCGAUAACUUCAAAUCUUUACUCUCGGAGCUCAAAAAGGAGGGAAAGAAGGUCUUCCUUAUACAAGCCUGUGAAGAAGUAAUUCCAAUGGAAGAGGAAAGAGGAAAAAAUGAGGUUUUUGUUCUUUGCCCGACUAAACUCCCAGGGCCGGAAUUCCAUAGAUUGCUAGGGAACCUGGAGAAGCAACUGUCCACCCAUAAGUCUCGUGCUUUCAUGCUCUCUCUCCCAAACCUUUCUGCUGAAGUCAUCCAGAAAAAGAAAGAUGCACUUGCUCAUGAGAUCUGGAAGGUGGCUCUGCUUUCAAGCCUGGUGGCUUGUGUGCCAGUUCCUGGAGUAGCCAUAGCAUGUGACAUGUCUUUGCUGACUGCCAGGCUAGACACUUACCGUCAGGAGCUGGGGCUGGAUGCCAGUUCCAUUGCCUCUCUAUCCCAACAAUAUGGGGUGCCUGUAGCUAGUCUUAUGUUAGAAAUCCACAGUCCUGCAGGAAAGGGGGUGACUCGGGAGUUAGUUGGCAAGAUGCUUGGCACUGCCACUGGCCUUGGUCUAGAAGUAGCAGGAGUCAUUCUUCAUCGCUUCCCUCUCUUGGGUCCUCUUGCUACGGGAGGAAUCGCUUUCCAUGCCAACUAUAGUGUGCUGGGUCGCUGCUUGGAGGGCAUGGCAGAAGAUGCCCAGCGAGUGCUGGAAAAGGCUCUGAAGUUCAAUUCUGACCCCAUGAACUGAACUAAUAAACUAAGCAUUCCUACUGGGGAGUAUAGUAAGUAGUGCAAACAGAGGCAUCACAAUAGAGAAAGCAGACCCAGUGGCUUUUGGGAUAGCCAUAUUAAUGGGGCAUAUUAAUCUCUAGUUAUGCCUCUGGGUUCAGCUGUUCUAUCAGAUCCAGUAAGCCAAGCCAACAGUUAUUGGUCUAGUGCAAGUAGAACACACAAAGCAUCUGAUUGGUUUAGGGAUGCACCAAAUCCACAAUUUUGUGCUGAACCCCUGAAUCCUUCAUGAAAGAUUUGGCUGAAUACCGAACCACAUCAGAAUCCUAAUUUGCAUAUGGAAAUUAGGGGCGAGAAGGGUGAAAGAGAACCGCUGAGGACACGGUUAAAAAUUGUAUCACUUCCUUAUUUGUGUGAUUUUAAGGAUUUGAUUCGGCCAGGCAUGAGGAUUCCGAAUCCUGGCUGAAUACCGGAUCCUAGGUGCAUCCCUACGUUGGUUGCUAUGGGCUACUGAAGUGGAGAAAACUUUGCACUAGUAACCUAUAGCAACAAGAUAGCAGUUAAUAGUCUAAUACAGGUUACUAUAGUAUACCUGGAGCAACUUUGCACCUCUACAUAAGCCCCCGUUAAACCCCUUAUCUCAUUUAUGCAUGGCACUUUAUAAAUACAACUUUAUCAAGCAGCUGAGAUGGAAAUACUCUGUUGGGGCAGGCCGGGCAUGUUACCAGUCCAUCCUAUACAACUGCCAUUAAUCUAAAGCUUUAUGUCUGCAACUGUAAAACUUUAUUAGUAAGCGAAUGGGAAUGACUCGCUGAGGCUGCCAAUGGCCGGGCAUCUUUUGGCUUUUAUUGCAAAGCUUCCCAUGCGCUUGCACUGAUGAAUAAAACUGUUAAAAUAC